AGGAAGCUAGCUAGCGCCAUGGCCAGAACCAAGCAAACCGCUCGCAAAUCCACCGGUGGCAAAGCACCCAGGAAGCAGCUCGCCACCAAGGCUGCGCGCAAGAGCGCCCCGGCCACCGGCGGCGUGAAGAAGCCUCACCGUUACAGGCCCGGCACCGUGGCUCUGCGAGAGAUCCGUCGUUACCAGAAGUCCACUGAGCUGCUGAUCCGCAAACUGCCCUUCCAGCGCCUGGUGAGAGAAAUUGCCCAGGACUUCAAGACCGACCUGCGCUUCCAGAGUUCCGCCGUGAUGGCCCUGCAGGAGGCUAGCGAGGCUUACCUGGUCGGCCUGUUCGAGGACACCAAUCUGUGCGCCAUCCACGCCAAGAGGGUGACCAUCAUGCCCAAGGACAUCCAGCUGGCCCGUCGUAUUCGCGGAGAGCGCGCUUAAACGAUGACCUGAUCACCAAAAUCCCCCAAAGGCUCUUUUAAGAGCCACCUCCAUCUUUCUGUCAAAAAGGCACAAUUGUUCCAUUUCCCAGCAUGUAUGUUGUCGACUUACAGACCGUGGUUCGAUUCCCGCCUGUAUCACAACCGGCCGUGACUGCAAAUAAGCGUUGGUUCUUAAAACUGACGUACCUAGUUAAAUAAAGGUGACGU